GAACACUUCUUGAGGAGGACAAGACGAUAAGAAAAUAAAACUGUUGAGAAUGCCCAUCAUGAGGUGCUCUCUGUUUGUGGACUGGGUUUUGGUCUCCAUGUUGGCUGCAGCCACUGUUUCCACAUUUGAUUCAACAUUGGAUGAAGCCUGGAUCAACUGGAAAUCAUUGCAUGGGAAGCAAUAUAAAAUGGCUGAGGAGGCCUACAGAAGAGCAUUGUGGGAGGACAACGUGAGAUACAUUGAACGGCACAACAUGGAGUAUGCAAUGGGAAAGCACACAUUCACUGUGGGAAUGAACCAGUUUGGCGAUCUGACCUCGGAGGAGUUCAAUCAGCGUUUCAAUGGAUUUAAAGAAAAGGAGAUUGAUCACACAACGUGUGAACUUUUUGCAGCAGGGAAUCAUGUUAAAUUGCCUCAAAGCGUUGACUGGAGAACAAAGGGUUUUGUUACUGAAGUGAAGGACCAGAGACAAUGUGGCUCAUGCUGGGCUUUCAGUGCAACUGGAUCACUUGAAGGACAGCUUUUUAAGAGAACAGGAAAGCUGAUUUCUCUGAGUGAGCAGAACUUGGUUGACUGUGAUUGGGAAAGCUGUAGAUGUUGUGGUGGACAUCCAUUUUAUGCUUUGGAUUACGUUAAAAAACAUGGUAUUACUACAGAAUGUUCCUAUCCCUACACAGCAAAGAAUGGUAAAUGCCACUUUAACAGAAGUGAUAUUGUCACCCGUUGUACGUGUGUGAAAUGCAUUCAACAAAAUUCUGAGCAUCAACUCGCUGAAGCAGUGGCUCAGGUUGGGCCCAUUUCUAUUGCUAUGGAUGCAAGCCACAAAUCUUUCCACCUUUAUAAAAGUGGUAUUUAUUAUGAGCCAAACUGCAGCAGCACCAAACUUAAUCAUGCAAUGCUAAUGGUUGGAUAUCAAGAUGAUAAACAGGGGAAUUAUUGGAUUGUUAAAAACAGUUAUGGAACAGAUUGGGGGAUGGAAGGCUAUAUGGAAAUUGCCAAGGACAGGGACAAUCACUGUGGAAUCGCCAAAAAAGCACUUUACCCUGAGAUGGAAAUCUCAAAGUGCCGACGCUAACACUGGAUA